UCAGGCUCGAUGUAACUUUAUGUUGUUACCUUUUUACAUUUUCCGGCGUACUUAUCUAUUUAACUUUUUAAACAUUUGUUGUGGGUAUUUUGUGUAACAAGUUUUUGUGAUGAGCCUGAGACUUAAAUAUUUAAUUAAACCCGCAACUUGCUUGCUGCGUAAUAAUCUUCAAGGCCAACGGGAGUUUCAUCGCUGGGUCGCUCCCACAUUGAGGGUGUUGAAGAAAAAGAAAGACAGCCUUGGGCCUGAACCACCAGUGAAUAGGAGCACAUUCAUUGAAUGGAAUUACAAUGCUGAAAUAUAUGCUUUUGGGAAAAGGCUCGGAGAGGAUUUUGACCAGAGUGCCCUGAAGCAAGCUCUCCUAGAUGAAUCCUACAUUAAAAAGUUGGCCAAAGAGCAAAAAUCCGUUGGCCUGGAGGCAGAGACGAACAUCAAAUCUAAUAUGGACAUGGCCGAAGAGGGAGAAACUUUAAUACAAGACUACAUCAAUAAAUAUUUGACAACCACGUUACCCUAUCUACCUAAUAAAUAUAUUGAAACAAUUCAAGAAUUUCUUUUAAGCACUGGCACCCUUGCUUAUGUUGCAAACCAUAUCGGGAUCAAUGACCUGGUCUUAUGUGAAGACUUUCCGCCAAAAGAGGAGACACUUGCUGUCUGUUUGAAAAGUGUCAUUCAAGCUUUAGCGCUGAGCAGUGGGCUAGACAGAAGUUCUUUAUUUAUAAGAGAUUUCAUCGUGACACAAAUCGCGACUAAAGAUUUGUCGCCUAUGUGCACCCCUGACAAUCCUUUGGAAGAAUUGUCACAAAGUUUGAUGGAAAGAGGCAUGCCACCUUUUGAACCAAGGCUUAUUUCGGCCAUCGGUAAAAACAGCAUACUUGCCAAUUAUGAAGUCGGGAUGUACUGUGAUCGGCAAAUGAUAGGAAGAGGUUGUGGAGAAAGCAUUGAAAUUGCACAGGACAUGGCUGCUUGUGAUUCAUUGUGGAGGAUGUGGGGAGUGACUCCUAACAAAAAACCUUUUCCCUUUGAUGUACGACUGUCAACAAACAACAAUUUCAGAUCUAAACAAUUAUCAGCUUCAUAAACCAGUUGUUAUAGUUUUAGCGAUUGUACAUAAUUUUGUAUAUUAAAUAGUUAAAAAAAGUUA